UUGAUACCUUUGAUCGUGUUGAUAUCUCAACUUUGAUUUCAUCAGCCAUUGAUGCAUCUCGUGCAACAACACGACGGAAUCCCAGGCCCAAGCAUACAUGACUCCCUAGCAGAAUAUUGAAAUAAAUCGAUCAGAUAUAAGAUUUCAAACUAUUAUAGACAAAAUAUAUCUCGUGUAUGCUGUCUCAUAUAGCCGUGGACAUUCCCGUGGCCCGCAGCAAGCCACCAAAUGACUUGGUCGGAAUACCUCAAUGCGGCAUCACCGCCAUGCGUAACCGGCCUCACCUUGGACCACUCACCUUUGGAGACUAUAUUUUGGCGUGUCUUGCUCAUUUAUAGGAUUUUUCUCAGCCUCUUGCAUAAUUGUGAAACCUGAGUGGUAAGCCCUGCUCACCGAAUUCAUUUUACAAUGUUACUUUUACAUCGAUGCCGAAUUGCUACCCUUGGGGGGCGCCGUGCCUUUGCGUCUUUCGCUCAGCACGGCCGCCUCCAUAGCAUGCCUCUUGUAGUAAAGCCUUCCAAUCUAGAGACCCAGAAGGGUAUUUUGGAGGCCCGAAACUUGGAAAAGGCGGUAGGCGCUAUGUAUAGAGAUGGCCUUGUUGUCGUCGAAGACGUGGUCCCCCACGAAGCCUUAGAUCAGUUGAAUAAGAAAAUGGUUCAAGAUGCACGUACCUUGCAAGACCGAGGCGAAGACGGGCCCUUCAACUACAACACGGGGAACCUCCAACAGGAUGCUCCUCCGGUAGCUGAGUACUUCAACCCGUCAAUCUUCACCAACCCCAUCGCCACACAAAUAACAGCCGCAGUCCUAGGCCCACGGCCUAAAUGGACAUUCUGCUCCGCCAACUCCGCUAUGCCUCCUCUCCCGGGCAACGAACCCGCACGGCAACCCGUGCACUCAGACGCGGAUUUCGCACAUCCAGACCACCCUUUCGCACUAGUCAUCAACAUCCCCCUCGUAACCAUGACCCCCGAAAACGGGUCCACGGAGAUCUGGCUCGGAACGCAUAACCACCCCGGCGGUAUCAGCGCCCAAGAAGGCGCGCACGGCGAGCGCGCCAGCGGGCGAAUCCUCCCUAAUCUCUUAACCUCGCGGCGGGAAACACGACCACCUAGUCAACCUAUAGUGAAAAAAGGUAGUAUCGUAGUACGCGAUCUCCGACUCUGGCAUGCUGGUAUGCCGAAUUUGAGUAGUGAGGUUCGUGUUAUGUUGGCUAUGAUACAUUUCGCGCCUUGGUAUCGGAAUCGCAUGAGGUUGCAGUUUGGGGAGGAUAUAAAACCGGUGUUAGAGGGUUUAGAACGGGAGGGGAGGCUUGGGUUAGAGGUUCCGGUGGAUUGGGUGGGGAGGGAGGAGGCGUUGGGGGGGUAUUUAGAAAGGGGGUUUGGGAAUAGUUAUGAUUUUAAUCAGGAGCCUUGAUUUGAUAUGAUGAGAUGAGAUGGGUUAUCUAAUAAAUGGAAUUGUGGAUAUGAUGCUUCAGAGUCGUGUGAGUUGAGUUGAAUUUGUAUUUGUAAUAUGAAUCCGACACUCCCGAAUAGCUUCAAUUCCAGAUAGAUACCUAGGACAUGCAACUAACGCUAGUCAUGUAGGUACCGUGUAGCAAAUUGCUUACAUCGAUCCGAAUUGGUCUAGUGAUUAAAAUUAUGAGGCGCUAUGAACAAAGAUGACGAACAGGGCUGUAAACACUGCAGGGGAGAACGAGCCAUGGAUCG